UCAGAAUCAGAAGCCGCCCGUCCCGUCCCGUCCAUCCUCCUCCCGCGAAUCGAUCGAACCUCUCGCUCCACUCCUCUCCACCACCGUCCCACCGUUCUCAUUCGUCUCCCGGCUUUCUCGCUCUCUCCCUCCCUUACUUCCACUCCAGAACAUCCCACCCCGCGACACGCAACAACGGGAACCAAUUUUGAUUCUUUUUGUUCACUCCCGAUUUUUCCUGCCCUGUCUUCUCGAUCCGAUCGGCCCUGUGCUGUGUGCGACCCUAGCCCGGGAUGGCCGCGGAGUCGUCGGCGGCCGGCGGCAUGCGGAAGGCGCCCUCGAUGGAGUGGCGGUGGGUGUCCGCCGGGGAGGAGGAGGAGGAAGAGGAGGAGAAGGCUGCCGGACGCCGGGGAGGGCCCCCGCCGGUCGCCACGUCGGGGAGGGGCGGCAGCUUCGAGUCCGAGGACGAGGAGGAGAACGAGGAAGAGGAGGAGGAGGAGGAAGAGGAAGAGGAGGAUGGGGCGCGCAAGAAGAGGAGGCAGAAGCUGAUCCGGACCGUGCCGUCCGUCGACUGGUUCGACGUCGAGGGCAACGAGGUCUCCGUCGGGCAGCCGCUCGAUGACUCCGAGGAGUUUGAUUUUGGCAGGACAUUAUUUCUUGCUCUUCAGACUCUUGCUGUGGUGUUUGGAGAUAUUGGAAUAAGUCCGUUGUAUACAUUUGAUGUCAUGUUCAGCAAGUACCCUAUUCUUGGGGAGGAUGAUGUUCUUGGAGCACUCUCACUAGUUCUUUAUACUCUGAUUUUGAUGCCAUUAGUGAAGUAUGUCUUGGUUGUCCUUUGGGCCAAUGAUGAUGGUGAAGGUGGUAUAUUUGCCAUGUAUUCUUUAAUCUGCAGAAAUGCAAAAGUCAGUCUCAUUCCAAACCACCAACUACAGGCUGAGAAGAGGAUGUCAAGUUUCCGUCUCAAGCUUCCAACACCUGAGCUUGAGAGAUCCAUAAAAGUAAAGGAGAAACUUGAAUCUUCACCUUUGUUGAAAAAAUUACUUUUGGGUCUGGUGCUAUUUGGUACUGCCAUGUUCAUAUCCAAUGGAGUUAUCACACCAGCAAUGUCAGUUUUGUCUGCUGUUAGUGGCUUGAAAGUUGGGAUACCACAUGCCUCACAAGAUAUUGUGGUGAUGAUUUCAAUUGCACUUCUUGUAGUCUUGUAUAGUUUACAGAGGUAUGCCACUAGCAAAAUAGGGUUUAUUGUUGGCCCUUGUUUGCUGAUAUGGUUUUGCUGUCUUGGAGGAAUUGGAAUAUACAAUCUCAGUAGAUAUGGCCCAGCUGCUUUUAAGGCAUUUAAUCCUCUGUACAUUAUUCAUUUUUUUGGGAGGAAUCCCUUUAAGGCCUGGCUCUCCCUUGGUGGUUGUCUUUUAUGUGCAACAGGAUCUGAGGCAAUCUUUUCAAACCUUUGCUACUUCCCUGUAAGAUAUGUCCAGUCUAUGUUUGUACUUCUUGUUCUUCCUUGCCUUGUCUUGGUGUACUUAGGACAAGCUGCUUUCCUCAUUGCAAACCAAAAGUCAUCCAAACGGAUCUUCUUUUCAUCUAUCCCAAGUGAAGCUUUUUGGCCUGUUUUCUUACUUGCUAAUUUAGCUGCACUGAUUGCCAGUAGGACAAUGACCAUUGCUGUAUUCCAAUGCCUAAAGCAGUCAAUAGCACUUGGUUGCUUCCCUCGACUCAAAAUUGUUCACACAUCUCGAAAAUUUAUGGCUAAGAUAUACAUACCUGUCGUAAACUGGUUUCUGUUGGCUUCCUGCUUGGGAUUUAUUGUGCUCUUCAGAAGCACAAAUGAUGUUGGCAAUGCAUACGCCAUAGCUGAACUUGGGGUGAUGAUAAUGGCCACGGUCUAUGUUGCCAUCAUAAUGCUUCUAAUAUGGGAAACCACUAUUGUUAAGGUGAUAUCAUUUGUUACCACAUUCCUCUUCUUGGAGCUGAUUUUCUUCUCAUCCGCUCUGAGUAGUGUUGGAGAUGGAGGUUGGGCACUGUUGAUUUUUGCAUCUGGUCUUCUCAUGAUUAUGUUCAUCUGGAACUACGGAAGCAAACUGAAGUAUGACAGUGAAGUCAAACAAAAGCUUUCAAAGGAUUUAGUGAGAAAAUUGGGGCCCAAUCUUGGUACUAUGAGAGCUCCUGGACUAGGCUUGGUCUACAGUGAGAUAGUGAAAGGAGUUCCUGCAAUUUUUGGUCAUUUUCUGACCGCACUCCCUGCUAUCCACUCGAUAAUCGUAUUUGUGUGCAUCAGGAAUGUACCAGUGCCUGUGGUUCCCCAAAGCGAAAGGUUUCUUUUCCAACGUGUCUGCUCAAGGGGCUAUCAUAUGUUCCGAUGUAUUUCCAGAUACGGGUACAAAGACAAGAAACAGGAGCACCAUAACACAUUUGAGCGGCUUCUUAUAGAAGGCCUCGAGAAGUACAUACAGCGGGAGGCGGUAGAGUUGUCUCUGCAGAGUGAAGAUGAUAUCGACUCUGAUGAAGAGCCUUCAACCCCUGCAAGGAUAAUCACAGCACCAAACGGUAGCCUGUACUCGCUUGACGUCCCUCUCCUGAUGGACUUUGCGCCUUCAGUAGAACCCAUUCCAGAAACCCCCUGUUGCUCAACGCCUCAAGAUCCUGCACUGGAUUACACACAGAACCUUGAGCUGGAGCUUGCAUUCAUCAAGCAAGCCAAGCAAACUGGAGCAGUUUAUCUCAUUGACAACCCCAUCGUCAAAGCAAGGAAGGAUUCCUGGUUCUUCAAGAAGUUGACCAUAAACUACUUCUACGCAUUCCUGCGGAACAACUGCCGCAGGGCGGUCGUGUCGAUGAGCAUUCCACACUCAAAUCUGCUGCAGGUGCGGUUGACCUCCUAUGUCUGAAUUCGGAAGCUACCAUUGCGGAUGUUUCAGCGCUGGUUGUUUUGUUCACAGUAAUUUACUCAUAUAUUAGAGAGCCCACACUGACCAUAAAAACAAACGGCAAUGGCGAUUGGUUUUAUUCAGAAGGCAACAACUUGGACUGUAGGAAUCCAUCUCUCCUGUAAUUUUUGUACAGUGUUGAACUGUAGCCAACAUUGUGGCAGCAGGCACAUCACAUAGUGGUGUAUUAAGCAUUAACCUGUAUUUCCCUUGUGCGGCAGAUUUAUUAUGUACCGUUCGAUUUUGUGGGGCUAGUUUUUGAUGUUUGCAAAUGCAGAGUGCUAGCCGAAAAGGAUGUUGGUUCAUAUAUGUAAAUUUCCCCCCAUCGAACAUUGUUGUUGAUUUACCUUCA